CCAACCGGGGGCGGGGCGAGCUCGGCCGCUUUCCGAGUCGGCCUCGGUGCCGAGUGAGCGCGCGCGGAGCCCGCACCGGCGGCGGAGCCGCUAUGGGCCCGCCCGGCCCCGGGCACCGCGCCGCUCGAGCACCGGCCUAGAGCCAGAACUGAAGCUACAAGAUGGCUGACCAGGACCCAGGGGGCAUUAGCCCCCUCCAACAAAUGGUGGCAUCCGGUGCGGGGGCUGUGGUCACCUCCCUCUUCAUGACCCCCCUGGAUGUGGUGAAGGUACGCUUGCAGUCCCAGCGCCCCUCAGUGGCCAGUGAGCUGAUGCCUCCCUCCAGACUCUGGAGCCUCUCCUACGCCAAAUGUGAGUGCCCCGCAUCACGGGGAACCUGUAAGGGUUCAGGGGAGGGAGUGUCCCAGUCUCUCAGGGCACAUGGGGGGUCCCACAGCCAUGGACUGGCACACACUUCUAGAUCUCAUCAGCCAGCCCUCUGUCCUACACUAGAACGUCCACCCAGGGACCCAAGCCUCCGCUGGCCCUCCAGGGAUGGGAGCUCACCACCUCCCUGUGAGGUCCCAAGGCCCUGUCUUUCUGACGCCCCCACCCCUUCCCCAGUGCCCUCCUCUCUCCGGUCCACAGGGAAGUGCCUCCUGUACUGCAAUGGUGUCCUAGAGCCCCUCUACCUGUGCCCAAAUGGUGCCCGCUGUGCCACCUGGUUUCAGGACCCCACUCGCUUCACUGGUACCAUGGAUGCUUUUGUGAAGAUUGUGCGUCAUGAGGGCACCAGGACCCUGUGGAGCGGCCUCCCAGCCACCCUGGUGAUGACUGUGCCAGCCACUGCCGUCUACUUCACCGCCUACGACCAACUCAAGGCCUUCCUGUGUGAUCGAGCCCUGACCUCUGACCUCUACGCUCCCAUGGUGGCUGGCGCACUGGCCCGCCUGGGCACCGUGACUGUGAUCAGUCCCCUGGAGCUGGUGCGGACAAAGCUGCAGGCUCAGCACCUGUCAUACCGGGAGCUGGGCACCUGUGUCCGAGCGGCUGUGGCUCAGGGUGGCUGGCGCUCACUCUGGCUGGGCUGGGGUCCCACUGCCCUUCGGGAUGUGCCCUUCUCAGCUCUGUACUGGUUCAACUAUGAGCUGGUGAAGAGCUGGCUGAGCAGGCUCAGGCCAAAGGACCAGACCUCCGUGGGCAUCAGCUUUGUCGCUGGCGGCAUCUCAGGGAUGGUGGCGGCCACCCUGACUCUACCCUUCGACGUGGUGAAGACUCAACGCCAGGUCGCACUAGGAGCGGUGGAGGCUGUGAGAGUGAUGCCCCCGCACGCCGACUCUACUUGGCUGCUGCUACGGAGGAUCCUGGCCGAGUCAGGCACCAGGGGCCUCUUUGCAGGCUUCCUCCCGAGGAUCAUCAAGGCCGCCCCUUCCUGCGCCAUCAUGAUCAGCACUUAUGAGUUUGGCAAAAGCUUCUUCCAGAGGCUCAACAGGGAACAGCUUCUGAGCCCUUGAAAGCGAGGGGACAAGGACCCCACCUCUUCCGUGGACAGGGUGGGGCAGGAGGAGACUGAGCCAAGUGCCUUUUCCUUCAGCACUGAGGGGAGGGGCCUCAUUUCUCUUUCCUCCCCACUCAGCCCUAGGGGUGGGGGGAAUGCCCCUCUGCACCCACCCAGAGCCCCCUCCCCCCAAACCCCCUGACUACUUCCUGCUGUUCCCCAUUCCCCAGCCCUGAGAAUCAUCACUCUUUUCCCUCAAGUUCAAGACCAAAUCUGCUCACUUCUCCCCUCAUUUCCCUGUGGGUUUGCUGUAAGUGAGCCUGUCUCUAGGAGCCACAAAACCCUGGGCCUGGCAUAGUCUGUAUCCACCCCUGUUAAUUUGUUGAGUCUAAAGACGAUAAACCUCUUUCCAGUG